AAGUUUGUUUCUUUUCUAAUUUUUGUUGCUUUUCAUGGACAGGCAAUAGAUUUGUAUGUGGGGACACAGACUUCUUAUAAUCAAAUGAAAUCCAUGUAGUAGGAACAUCAAAGUAGUGGGAUUCCAAUGAAAGAGCGCAAGUGUACAUGUGUGUCACUAUAACUAAACCUAACAUUCCCUAAUUUUAAAUAGCUCUCGAUCUGUAUAUUUUCUUCUCUGUACAGAACGAACCAAAAAAAUUAAAGGACUUUCCUUUCUUUUUCUCCUUUUUGAAACUCAAAAAGUUGUUCUUUCCCAUGGAAUCAAAAACGAAAGAACAAAGUCUCUCAGAGGCAUUAAUAAAGGAGGAAGAGCAAGAACUUGUUAAAGAAUUAGAAGAAGAAGAAGAACAGCAAGAAGAUCAAGGUCAAGAAAAGGCUAUUCCUUCAUUUAUAUUGGAUCUAAAGCUAACUAGAAGCGAUUCCAAUCAUGGGCUUAAUCAAGAACUCAAUCUUAUAGAUUGCAUCAAUAUGGAUUCAUCAUCAGAAAACCCCGAUGUUGAGCAGAGAGUAUUUUCAUGCAACUAUUGUCAGAGAAAAUUCCAUAGCUCACAAGCGCUAGGAGGACACCAAAAUGCCCAUAAAAGAGAAAGAACACUAGCCAAACGAGGACAAAAGAUAGGAGCACAUAUAGCAGCUUCUCUAGCAGCUUUCGGCCACAAUCCUUACCUGCACCACCAUUAUUAUUCAAGCAUGGCUUCUCUCCCUCUCCAUGGUGCAUAUGGCAGAUCCCUUGGAAUUCAAGUUCACUCUAAGAUCCAUAAGCCUUGUCAAAUAUCCUCCUCCGACGGGUUUGGAAGUAUUUAUGGACAUGGCAGGUGGUCUAGGCUCCCUAUUGGCCAACAACCAGCUGUAAGAAAGCUGUCAACGGACAAUCAUCAUGCGAAUGCAACAACAACAACAAUAACAUCACCACCACCACCUGCACUGUCACGUGCCGGUGUCGGUAGGUUCAACCUAGAAGAUAAGAGUAAGAUCAUGGCUUCUCCAGCCGACCAGGGAAUUGAUAGUAAUUAUUGGUUAGCAGGCACCGUUCAUUUAAAGACUAAUCAAGAUGAGUUGCAGAAACUUGACUUAACACUCAAGCUUUAACUGCAUUUUCUGUUUCUUAGUAUUUUUUUUGUACGUUUCUUUUGGAAUCAUGUUAUGUAAAUAUGAUUAUACAAGGAAUGCUUAAAUAUUUUCUGUUUUAGGUCAUGUUAAGAACUCCCUCUUAAGUUUUCUA